UCACACCAUACCCUUCUCUUCUCGACUGUACUCUUCCACUACGCCCUUCUCUCACCACUUCUCUCUUGUCGCCGUCGCCUCAUCGCCGUCGCCACCGCCGCCGCUUCAUCAAUUCUCUUCCUCCUCCUUAUUCUCAGUGUUGCUAUCUUAAAAAUACAUUUUGAUAUUUGAAGACAUAAGACUACUAUCGCGUUUCUUAGAAGGUGUUGGAUUCUGCGCGCAAAUCAACUACCUUAGCUUUUAGCGUGCUACAGUAGAGUUUCUUAUACUAUUAUGUGAUGCUGGUGCCUGUCUUGCUCUGAUAAAUGGCUGAUCAUUCUUUAGUUGUAUCUGAAACUGCACUUAGUCUAGUAGACCACACCCUGGUUAUUGGACAAGAAUUUCCCGAUGUUGAAACCUGCCGGAGAAUGUUGAAAGAUAUUGCUAUAGCCUUGCAUUUUGAUAUUCGAAUUGUUAAAUCUGAUCGUAGUCGAUUUAUAGCCAAGUGUUCCAAGGAAGGUUGCCCAUGGCGUGUGCAUGUAGCAAAAUGCCCUGGAGUUCCAACCUUUACAGUUAGAACCCUACAUGGUGAGCAUACUUGUGAAGGUGUUCAUAAUCUUCAUCAUCAGCAAGCCUCUGUGGGAUGGGUUGCCAGAUCUGUAUCAGCACAAGUAAGAGAUAAUCCACAGUACAAACCCAAGGAAAUUCUCCGGGAUAUUCGUGAUCAGCAUGGAGUCGCUGUAUCGUACAUGCAAGCUUGGCGUGGGAAAGAGCGUAGCAUGGCUGCACUUCAUGGAACCUUUGAAGAAGGGUAUCGCCUUCUUCCUGCUUAUUGUGAACAAGUAAGGAAAACAAACCCUGGAAGCAUUGCAUCAGUUUUUGCAAUUGGACAAGAAAAUUGCUUCCAGCGCCUGUUUAUUUCGUAUCGUGCUUCAAUAUAUGGGUUUAUAAAUGCCUGUAGGCCACUUCUUGAACUUGACAAAGCACAUCUGAAAGGAAAAUACUUGGGAGCCUUACUGUGUGCUGCUGCUGUUGAUGCGGAUGAUUCAUUGUUCCCAUUGGCCAUUGCAGUUGUUGAUGUGGAGAGUGAUGAAAAUUGGAUGUGGUUCAUGUCAGAGUUGCGCAAGCUUCUUGGGGUAAAUACUGAUAGCAUGCCUAGACUAACAAUACUAUCUGAAAGACAAAGAGGCAUUGUGGAGGCAGUCGAAACCCAUUUUCCGACUGCCUUCCAUGGAUUCUGUCUGCGCUAUGUAAGCGAAAAUUUUCGUGAUACAUUUAAAAACACAAAGUUGGUCAAUAUUUUUUGGAAUGCUGUUUAUGCUCUCACUGCAGCUGAAUUCGAUAGCAAAAUCGCGGAGAUGGUGGAGAUCUCACAAGAAGUAAUAACGUGGUUUCAGCAUUUCCCUCCCCAGUUAUGGGCUGUAGCAUAUUUUGAAGGUGUGCGAUAUGGCCAUUUUACUUUGGGGGUUACAGAGUUGUUGUAUAAUUGGGCACUCGAGUGUCACGAGCUCCCCAUUGUGCAGAUGAUGGAACAUAUUCGUAAUGAGAUGGCAUCUUGGUUUAACGAUCGGCGUGAAAUGGCAAUGAGAUGGACCUCCAUUCUCGUACCCUCUGCUGAGAAGCGAAUUGCCGAGGCAAUUGCAGAUGCUCAUUGUUAUCAAGUACUUCGUGCAAAUGAAGUUGAGUUUGAAAUCGUCUCAACCGAGCGGACAAAUAUUGUGGAGAUACACAGUCGUGUGUGCUCUUGUCGUCGUUGGCAGCUAUAUGGUCUGCCUUGUGCUCAUGCUGCAGCUGCUCUAAUGUCCUGUGGGCAGAAUGCUCAAGUAUUUGCUGAGCAAUGUUUCACCGUUGAUAGUUUUCGCCAAACUUAUUCACAAAUGAUAUUCCCAAUCCCUGAUAAGAGCCUGUGGAAGGAACCGGGCGAGGGAGCGGAGGGCGGAGGAGGGGCAAAGGUUGACAUCACAAUACGCCCUCCCAAAGUUCGUCGCCCACCUGGAAGGCCGAAAAAGAAAGUUCUAAGAGUCGAAAAUUUAAAACGCCCGAAAAGGAUUGUACAAUGUGGUCGCUGUCAUUUGUUGGGACACUCUCAAAAGAAGUGCACCAUGCCAAUGUGACAUUCGGUAGACUGUUGAAUAUAUAACAUAUAUGGUUCCCUCAGAAAUGCAAUAGAAUUAGUGGUCUGUGCAAUGUCAAUUCUCCUGUAACCAUUAGUUCCAAAAUAAGAUACCAAGUUAAUUUUGGCCUGAUUACAUAGUUUCUUUCUAAGUUUACCAUUCUUCCUCAUCAACUGUCAUUUUAAGGUUUCCCACUCCUUUGUCACAAUAUCGAUAUGUAUAUUAUUUAUGAGAACUAAUAUAUCUUCGUUUAUUCUUCGCCC